UUCACGCCUGUCAGUUUGACACUUGUGACGGAAGGAGGAACGUCAACAAAAUAUUUGUAAUUUUAUUAAUAAUAUAUUUAAAAGGUCCACUCAACAAGAUGAAUGUCGUUACUGCUUUAAAGUUUUAUAUCACAAAAAUGACUGAGGAAAGUGGUCCAGGAAUGAAAGUUCUUUUAAUGGACAAACAAACGAUAAGUAUUGUGAGUUUGGUUUAUAGUCAAUCGGAAAUUCUCAUGAAAGAGGUUUAUCUAUUCGAGAGAAUCGAUGCAGCUGCUCGCAGUGAGGGUUUAAAACAUUUAAAAUGUAUUGUUUUCGUCAGACCUACCAAAGAAAAUGUUGCUUUACUGUGCAAUGAAUUACGAAAUCCAAAAUAUGGCGUUUAUUAUAUUUAUUUUAGCAAUAUUAUAGCAAAAGCAGAUAUAAAAUUAUUAGCCGAGAGCGAUGAACAAGAAGUUGUGAGGGAAGUUCACGAAUAUUAUGCAGAUUAUUUGGCUGUGAGUCCACAUUUAUUUUCCCUAGGAAUCAAUGCCUGUUGCCAAGGUUUAACUUGGAAUCCUGGAAAUCUUCAUCGAACGGUACAAGGAAUAACUGCCGUUCUAUUGUCCCUUAAGAAAUGUCCCUACAUUCGUUAUCAAAACAGUUCUGAAAUGGCUAAAAGAUUAUCGGAAAAAAUUCGCGAAGUUCUAACGCGAGAAUCGAAUUCCUUUAAAUUUCGCGAGGAAUCAAAUUCAAUUCUUCUCAUUCUCGAUAGAAAGGACGAUCCUGUCACGCCUCUACUUAAUCAAUGGACAUAUCAGGCGAUGGUUCAUGAACUUUUAACUAUUAAUAAUAAUAGAGUUGAUUUGUCGCACGUUAAAGGAAUUUCUAAGGAAUUACAGGAAGUUGUCAUCAGUGCUCAACAUGAUGAAUUUUAUGAGAACAAUUUAUAUCUAAACUUUGGAGAGAUUGGCCAGACGAUAAAAGACUUAAUGGAAGAUUUUCAAAGGAGAGCGAAGAAACAUCAAAAAGUUGAAAGUAUAGCGGACAUGAAAAAUUUUGUCGAGGCUUAUCCGUUAUUUAAAAAAAUGUCUGGGACAGUCGCCAAACACGUGACACUCGUCGGUGAACUUUCAACAAUGGUUGGCGAGCAUAAUUUACUCGAAGUUUCCGAAUUGGAACAGGAACUCAGUUGCCAAAGCGAACAUUCCACUCAGUUGCAGAAAAUAAAGAAACUCAUAAACGACACCCGUGUCCGGGACAAAGAUGCAACAAGAUUAGUGAUGCUGUACGCACUUCAUUACGAAAAACAUGCAAAUAAUGACAUUACUGGUUUAUUGGAAAUGUUGAAAAAACGUGGCGUUUCGGAAAAAUACACAAAGCUGGUUUACAAUUUACUGGAAUACAGUGGAGUGAAUUCAAGACAAAGUAAUUUAUUCAAUCACGAGGCUGUCGCUAAAAUUACAAAGAAAUUAUUCAAAGGUUUAAGCGGUGUCGACAAUAUUUACACACAACAUUCGCCACUUUUGUUCGAGACCCUAGAAGACAUGGUGAAGGGAAAAUUGAAUGUACAAACAUUUCCCUAUCUUGGAAACAUGGUCAUGACAAAAAGGCCACAGGAGAUAAUUGUAUUUAUCGUCGGCGGAACAACUUACGAGGAGAGUUUGGCAGUGCACAAUUUAAAUCGUCUGAAUACGGAUACAAAAAUAAUUCUCGGCGGGACGACAAUUCAUAAUUUCGAUAGUUUUACGGAAGAAAUUCAAACGGCGACAACGGGAAUAAUUCCAAGGUACAGACCAAGACAUCAUUAGAGAUAUAAUAUUAAUUUUGAGAAAAAAAAAUAAUCAUAUUUUAUACAAGAGUUAUUUAUUUGUAAAAUAUGUAAUUGUAAACAUUCUAAUAUGCAUACAAAA